CACUCAAGCAGGCUUUCUCAUCUGAAGCUACCGGCGAGGAUAUCUGAGUAUUUUUGAAAAUGCGUGAGUGUAUCUCUAUCCAUGUUGGCCAAGCUGGUGUCCAGAUGGGCAAUGCCUGUUGGGAGUUGUACUGUUUAGAACAUGGUAUCCAACCUGAUGGUCAGAUGCCUUCUGAUAAAACUAUUGGAGGUGGUGAUGAUUCCUUCAAUACUUUCUUCAGUGAGACUGGAGCUGGUAAACAUGUUCCCAGAGCUGUGUUCAUUGACUUGGAAGCUACAGUUGUAGAUGAGGUUCGAACUGGUACCUACAGACAACUCUUCCACCCUGAACAACUCAUCACUGGUAAAGAAGAUGCUGCUAAUAACUAUGCUCGUGGCCACUAUACAGUUGGUAAAGAGUUGAUAGAUGUUGUCCUAGACAGAAUCAGGAAACUGGCUGAUCAAUGUACUGGUCUACAAGGUUUCCUCAUCUUCCACAGCUUUGGUGGAGGAACUGGUUCUGGAUUUGCUUCCCUCCUGAUGGAAAGAUUGAGUGUUGAUUAUGGAAAGAAAUCAAAGCUGGAAUUUUCAGUUUAUCCAGCACCUCAGAUAUCAUCUGCUGUUGUAGAACCCUACAACUCUAUUUUGACCACACAUACAACAUUGGAACACUCUGAUUGUGCAUUUAUGGUGGAUAAUGAGGCCAUCUAUGAUAUUUGUCGCAGAAAUCUGGACAUCGAACGACCAACCUAUACUAAUUUGAAUAGAUUGAUUGGACAGAUAGUUAGUUCCAUCACUGCAUCUUUACGAUUUGAUGGAGCUCUUAAUGUAGAUCUGACAGAAUUUCAAACCAAUCUUGUACCAUACCCAAGGAUUCAUUUCCCUCUAGCAACAUAUGCUCCUGUGAUCUCAGCUGAGAAGGCUUAUCAUGAACAGCUGUCAGUAUCAGAAAUCACCAACGCUUGUUUUGAGCCGGCUAAUCAAAUGGUGAAAUGUGAUCCCCGUCAUGGUAAAUAUAUGGCCUGCUGCAUGCUCUACAGAGGUGAUGUGGUACCUAAAGAUGUUAAUGCUGCAAUUGCAGCCAUAAAGACUAAAAGAACCAUUCAGUUUGUGGAUUGGUGUCCAACUGGUUUUAAAGUUGGUAUCAAUUACCAACCACCAACUGUUGUACCAGGAGGUGAUUUAGCUAAAGUCCAGAGAGCUGUUUGUAUGUUGAGUAACACUACAGCCAUUGCUGAAGCUUGGGCUCGUCUUGAUCAUAAAUUUGAUCUGAUGUAUGCAAAGAGAGCUUUUGUUCAUUGGUAUGUUGGUGAAGGUAUGGAAGAAGGUGAAUUCUCUGAAGCUAGAGAAGAUUUAGCUGCUCUAGAGAAAGAUUAUGAAGAGGUUGGAGUUGAUUCUGUUGAUAAUGGUGAAGAGGAAGAAGAUGAAUAUUAAAGGUGGCAACUACAACUCUUUCGCUUUCAGUAAUUAAAGAAAUUUAUAUGCAUUUAUAAUCUUUGAAGUAAUUUUGAGAGUUUUCUAUCCUAGCUUUUUUCAUGUGUAUUAGGGCACCCUGGCAUCCAUUUGCACCAUUCUUAUUUUAAGUCUUGACACCUGUGCCUUAUAAUUCCACUAAAACUAAACAUUUUAUACGUAGCUAUGGCAAAGGUCCCAAGAUAUCCCAAUGACAACUCUUCCUUUCUUGAUACCCCAACAUAUAUAGAAAAGACUUAGAAAAAGAAAAGAAAUUUCUAGUUUGAAGUAUAUUUCUAUUCUACAAUUUAAAUCUCAACCCAUAAAAUGUCUAAGAAUUGUAAAUUUGAGGGGGCAAAUAUCUGAGAGUUUACAUAUAUAGCUCAUUGAAUGAUCAACACUACCAGUUCUUCAGUUAAACUUUCCCCUGAAUUAAUUUCGUCCAGUGAUUAGUACAAAUGAAUAUCCCAAAGAAUUUGAAGCCAGUCUAGACAAAGGGAGAUAAUAUGGGAACUUAAAACUAAACGACCAGACAAUAUAACAAUUGGUAAAGAGCAGUAUAUUAAAAUGAAAUUGUAAAGCAUACCAUAUAUAAAUAUAAAACAAUACACAAAGGAUGAAAUUAAUAUAUGCACUAAACAAACAAAACAGUUUUCAUCUGUAGGACUCCUCUUCACUAUUUCAAGCUAUUGCAACCUUUGGCUUAUAUUGUUACUCAAAUAGCCACCUUUCUUGUGUCACGCAAGUUUAUGGAUGCAGCAAUUUAAUUGUACGCUAGCAUAUACAGUAAGGCCUUGAAAAAAGAAAGUCUAAACACUAAGCCAUGAUGUUUAGUCUUUCUGUUGAGGGCACUGAUUGGCUGUAUUCAAUGCUGUACAAUCUAAUUGUUGCAUUCAGUGAUAAGAAAUGCAGAUAUUUGAGUUAAGGUAUAAACCGAAAUUCGAAAUAGCUUGACAUUAUGAAGAUGAGUAGGACUGAACAUACUAGUGUUCAGUUAAGAUAAAACAGUUCAAGAUGAUAUCAUACAGACACAGAUUUUGCCACAUUUUCAAAUUUUUACUUCCCAUGGGGAAUUAACCUAAAUUGUCAUGUCUAAGUUAAGGACGUAUCAAAUAGACUAAAAACACAUAGAAAUAAUGACCACAGCUACGUAAAAUGCAAUACACAUUAGUAGAUCAAAAUGUGUACAUGAAUUUUGAGAGAUUAUCCAAAACUGGAUAAUAUGGCUGUCCCAAAAGCACUUGUUCAUUCAUUCUUUAUUAACCUAAUGCACUCAAUAGAUCAAACCUUGGCAGUGAAAAAAGACCUCAUUAAAAAAUCUUUCCCAAUCUGGGACACUUAGUAUGUGACAAUAUGGAUAAAAUCUCUUAUCAUGGUCAUAAUUCAAUUUCAUUCUCUUCACAACACAAUUUCACAUACACCUUCGUUAAAUAAACUCAUUCCACAUUCUCU